UCUCCCCGCCUCCUGCCCGCUUGGUUGUAUCCCUCCGCUCUCCUUUCUCUCGGCGGUGGGUCGGAGCCGCUGUCCUGGCCUCGCAUGUUCCCCUCUAGAUCCCUGAUCUGGAUUUGAUGCCCCUCUUCUAGACCCGGCCCAGUCUCUCGCCUCCUUCGGGCCUCUGUCGGACCGCCAGCUCUCCGCUGUCCUAUCUCCCCUCGUUUCCGUCGUCUGGAGCUUCUAACCCGAACAUGGCCGUGGUGAGCGGACCGUCGGGGCCGGCUGUAGCCCGGCUGGAGGGCCGUGAAUUCGAAUACAUGAUGAAAAAGCGCUCGGUGACCAUCGGCCGGAACUCUUCCCAGGGCUCCGUGGACGUGAGCAUGGGCCACUCCAGCUUCAUCUCCCGGAGGCACCUGGAGAUCUUCACGGCCAGCGACGACGGCUCCGGCAGCGGGGACUUCUACCUGCGGUGUCUGGGUAAAAACGGGGUGUUCGUGGACGGAGUCUUCCUGAGACGGGGGGCCCCUCCUCUGCAGCUCCCACGGAUGUGCACGUUCAGGUUCCCCAGCACCAACAUAAAGAUCACGUUCACGGCCCUGUCCAGCGGGAAGAAGGCCAAGCGCGAGGCUCCGGAGUCCCCAGUGAAACCAGUGCAGCCGCAGAUCUCCCCGCUGACCAUCAACAUUCCCGACAACAUCGCCCACCUCAUGAGCCCGCUGCCGUCGCCGACCGGCACCAUCAGUGCUGCUAACUCGUGCCCCUCCAGUCCACGGGGCGCCGGAUCCUCAGGCUACAGGAUGGGUGGUCGUAUGGUCAGCUCUGCAGAGCUGCAGCUCAUAAACGACAACUCCCAGCCUGAGAAUGACAAAGACGCCUCUGGAGGGGACAGUCCUAAGGACGACUCCAAACCUCCGUACUCCUAUGCACAGCUGAUCGUCCAGGCUAUCACCCUCGCCACAGACAAACAGCUCACACUUAACGGCAUCUACAAUCACAUCACAAAGAAUUAUCCUUACUACAGGACGGCCGACAAGGGUUGGCAGAACUCGAUCCGUCACAACCUGUCGCUGAACCGCUACUUCAUCAAGGUGGCAAGGUCGCAGGAGGAGCCGGGGAAAGGCUCGUUCUGGAGGAUAGACCCGUCCUCAGAGGCCAAGCUCAUUGAGCAGGCCUUCAGGAAACGACGGCCCCGGGGGGUCCCAUGCUUCAGGACCCCGCAUGGACCGCUGUCAUCAAGGAGUGCCCCGGCGUCUCCCAAUCACUCGGGCGUCCUCUCUGCUCACUCCAGCGGGGUCCAGACCCCCGACAGUCUGUCACGAGAGGGCUCUCCGGUCCCCCUGGAGCUGGACACCUCCUCUAAUCCCGCUCCCACCUCCACGGCGGCGGUCCAGCCCAAACUGGCGGUCAUCCAGGAAGCACGCUUUGCACAAAACACACCAGGCUCGCCUGUCAACAACCAGCCGGUACUCAUAGCAGUCCAGCGUCAGUUACCUCAGACCAUCAAGCCGGUGACCUACACUAUGGCGUCCCCAGUGAGCACCAGCACCUCCCAGCCGGCGGUCCAGACGGUCCACGUCCUUCAGCAGAUCCCUGCAGGCUCCCUCAGCCCCGCUGGCACCGCCGUCAUCGCCCAGCAGGCCGCCAUCAUCAACAAGAGCGAGCUGCAGGAGAACGGAGAGCACGCAGAGGUCAAAGUCAAAGUGGAGACGGUCCCCGCCAUCACCUCUAUAGGCGGCUCCAGUCGCAUCAUCCAGAGCACCCAGUCCGCCACAUCCCUGCAGACCGUCACCAUCGUGCAGCCGGCCCCCAUGGGUCAGCACCAGCUGCCCAUCAAGGCCAUCACACAGAACGGCACCCACAGCAUCACCACUGCCAUCCAGGGCGCCGGCAGCUCCGCUCCAGUCGUGGCGAGCCCCCUCCACCUGUUGGCGGCCCACGCUUCGGCCUCGGCCUCCCUCCCCACCAAACGACAAAACGGAGACCAGGCAUCCAGCGAACAGCCGGACGCCAAACGCAUCAAAUCAGAGGUGGAUGACACGGCCCCGCCCUCCUCUAACAACGCCGCUGCAGAUUCAGACUCGUCAGCCGCUAACGACAGCCACCUCAACUAGUUUGUAGGCCCCUCCCCCCACGCCACACUCAGCCCCCCACCACCUCCUCCUCCUCUUCUUCUUCACGGUUUCUCCCUCGUCCCUGUCGUUCGUUUCGUUUCUCCUCUUCACUGACUCCCCGGUGCCAAACGGAGACUCCUAAUUUCACUUGUUUUGGACAGCGUCAGAAGGAAAGUCCACCCUUUAACUGGAACGUUGAGAACAAAACCAGAAGGCAAAGGUUCCUGCUACAGGAGAGAGAGACUAAAAACCACAGGAAGCCUUAACAACAUUAACCCUUAAAGAGCUGACCUCACACGGCCGCAGCGGGGACGUCUGCUCGGGCCGGGCGCCACCUUUCUGUCACAUCUACCUCAGAGCAGAUUGGAGACGCCGGCAGCCAGCGGAGAACAGCCACCCCAUCCCCGCCGGGCCCGGGACCUGCCGGGACGGCUCUGGACCAACGAAGCGGCGAGGGAGACGAGAACGGACGGUUUGGAAAAGGGAUCAAACUGGGAGCUAAAAUUCCUGAAACUGGCAGCUAGCCUCUCACAGUACUGACCUUCCUUUAUCGCAGCUGUACGUAGACAUGCAGUAUUUCUGUUCACACGUGGAGCAUAGGAUCUUUUUUAACUUCUCUAGCUAAUUUAAAGAGAGGAAGCGUCCUGAACCACCAGGUCGGAGACAUUUCGCUGACUGCAUUAGACUUUUUUAUGUGGACUUCCUUUUUUCUGUUGGGUGAAACAGUGUACUAGUUUUUUUGGUAAUAUUUGUUUUCCCCUCGUUCUGACAUAUCCGUAUGAAUCUUGGCUUAGUUAUUCCUACAUAUUUUAAUACUUGCACAGAUAACCGAUAUAAGCAUAUGAAAUCUCCAUGUGUAGUUCCAGAUGUUGACCUUUGACCUUGCAUGUAUCCGACAUGAACGAAGAUGUAAAGAGGAAAAAAAAGAGCUGUGCUUUAUCCAGACCAGACCUGCACUUGAUUCAAUGUUUGUGUUUCCACCUCCUCCUCUUUAUUUUCUCCUCCUCCUCCUCUUCCUCUCCUCGGCUGUGUUGACGUUGUGGUGUUGGCAGACCCCUCCCCCUGCUCCUCCCCCUCCUCCCUCCAUUAUUUUACUCUGUUCUGGCGACCCGGCGAGUCUGUUUCUGAUUGUACACGUUCCAACGAUAGUAAAGAAAAAAUUGAUGUUUGUUCUGCUUCAGUGGAGAAAUGCUUUUUUUUUUAAAUAAAUUAAUUUAAAGCCCUC